AUGGAUAGCAUGAAUAAAUCCUUGUCAGAUACAGAAGUGGAAAUUGCACAUCAAACAACCCCACCAAACUUUUUAACUGCCCGGAAAAAGAGAAGAAGAGAUGAAGAUUCGGAAAGAAUCGGAAAGAAGACUUCGGAAUUGGCUAAUUUAAAAGAAAAAAUGAAAAACAUGUUCUUAUCGCUUAUGAAUUCUCAAAAUCUGGAAUUUCAAAAAAAUGCAAGCAUUCUCAAAGAAAUCCAAAAAACUAACUAA